AUGGGUGAAGAGGAGAAAAUACAGCUCAAAAGAGAACUUGGAUAUUUCUGGGCCACUGCUUUUUUAAUUAUUAACAUAAUUGGGGCAGAAAUUUUUGUGUCCCACAAAGGAGUUCUGGAAUAUUCUUGCAUGAAUAUAAGGAUCUCUCUGUGUGUUUGGAUUGUCUGUGCUAUACUGUCCCUGACAUAAUCCCUUUGCUUUGUAGAGAUAAGUGUCACUUUCCCAUGCAGUGCAGCUCACUACUUUUUUCGGAAGAGAUGCUUUGGCCCCAUAUCUUCUUUGCUGAGAGUUUGGACAUCCAUUUUUCUGGGACCAACAAUGACUGCUGGUCAUGCCUUGAUGCUAGCUGAGUAUGGUAUCCAACCUUUUUAUCCCGGCUGUGUUACCCCAAGUCUACCAAAGCAAUGUCUGGCCCUGGCUGCAUUGUGGAUGGUGGGAUUUCUGAAUUGCCGUGGAAUAAAAGAGAUGACCUGGCUUCAGAUGGCAAGUACAAUGCUGAAGGUGUCCAUACUUAGCAUCAUUUCCCUAAGUUGAGUGUUUAUGCUGGUAAGAUGGAGGCAGAAGAAUGUAGAAAGGUUUCAGAACAUUUUUGAUGGAGACAUUCCAGAUCUCUCCCAGAUAAAAGAAACCAUCUUCCAAGGAUCUUUUGUCUCUUCACCAUUUGUAUUUAUAACAAUAGCCAUCUGCCAGUGCUUGGUUCUGAUAUCACUGAUAAAAACUCCAAAGAUGCAUUAUGCCUAUGACUUUAUUCUCAGCGGACUACUGUUUUACAUACCUUUCAUACACUUUAAAUUGAAGUUGGUUUGGUUUGAGAAACUGAAUUGCUAUUUACAAUUGUUAUUUAAUAUCUGUAUCCCUGAUGAGCCUGACAAACCAAUGUUAGAAAUAGAAACUUACAGCCUUGGAAAAACACAUCACGUUCCAAAUAAAGACUGAACACAUAAUGAAAUUGUAAUGAUAAAAUUCCCAUGGUAACUUAUUUAAAUGAAAUAAUGUAUGUAACAGUGCCUAGGACAGA